GUGAUGCGUCGGUCUUGCCUUAGCCUUAACUUAAAGGGAACUUUAAAAAAUUUAGAUAUUAUUAGGGAAGAACUUUGUAAUUCGGAUAUCCUCAGGGGUUUACUUUACAGAAUUCAUUAUUUGUAUCAUGAACUGUUUUGCAACCCCAAAUUCUCUCUUAAUCUGCUACCUGUGUAUACAGCCUCGAUACCCAGUGAGUGCCCCAGACUCAGGAAUGAGUCAUCCUCUGCUCAAGCAGGUGGCAGUGGUCACACCAGAGAGGAAUGUUCAGGCGUUGCCAGACGGAGCAAUCAGCACAAUCUGUCGCACCAGGGAAGAGGUCUAGUGACAGGACGCCAUGGCUUCCGACACAGGUGAAACGGAUCGAGGUCCAGGUCUUUCAGCUGGCGAUCCCACCGCGAGGAGAAGAAUCGAACCUUGGGAAUUUGAAGUGUUCUUUGACCCCAGAGAGCUCCGGAAAGAGACCUGUCUGCUCUAUGAAAUCAAGUGGGGCGCGAGUCACAAGAUCUGGCGAAACUCAGGCAAAAACACCACCAAGCAUGUUGAAGUCAAUUUUAUAGAAAAGUUUGCUUCAGAAAGACGUUUGUGCUCAUCCAUCAGCUGCUCGAUUAUCUGGUUCAUGUCCUGGAGUCCCUGCUGGGAAUGCUGCAAAGCUAUUAGAGAAUUUUUGCGCCAACGACCUAGUGUGACUUUAGUUAUUUAUGUAGCUCGGCUUUAUCACCACACAGAUCAACAAAAUCGACAAGGACUCAGGGACCUCGUUAGCAGUGGUGUGGUUAUCCAGAUCAUGAGAGCCCCAGAGCAUGAUCACUGCUGGAGGAAUUUUGUCAACUAUCCACCUGGGGAAGAUGUUCACUGGCCAAGAUACUUGCCUCUGUGGAUGGAGCUGUAUGCACUGGAACUCCAUUGCAUAAUUUUAAAUCUCCCUCCCUGUUUAAUGAUUUCAAGAAGAUGUCAGAAACAGCUUACAUGGUUCCAUCUUAACCUUCAAAAUUGCCAUUACCAAAUGAUUCCACCCCAUAUCCUUUUAGCUACAGGGGCGAUACAACUUCCUGUCCCUUGGAGAUAA